AAAAUGGAGAGCUCUUCACAAAUGAGUGCACAAGAGAAUUCCCACAUAGUGGAUCAAGAGAAGUCGAUUCUGAAAGAACAAAUAAACACAGAAGAAGAACUUAUGACCUCUCUUUGUUUCAACCAUUUCUUAGAAAUAUUGAAAAUCAUAGAAACUAAUGAUGCCCAAGACUGAGAGAAUAGCUAUCUCUAUUUUGAAAUGAAUGUUUAUGAACAAAUAGGCCCACAUUUUAUGAAGAAAAUGAACUUCUUGAGAGAAAUCAAAAUGAGUUUAUUCGAUUUGAUGGAUAUCAAAAGCAAGAAUAAACAUUGCGUUAAGUCCUGCUUCUCUUCACUCCCAAAAUGUGUUGCCAAAUGUGAAAUCCGCUCAUCCUAUCUAGUAACUCUUAAUAUCUCUCCUUAUAUGGAAGGAAUAACUAGAAUUAGCUCUAAAGUGUUGAAGCUAAUUUCAAUUAAUAAUUUUAAACUCAGCCAUCCCCAGAUAAAGAGAGUUAUGGUAUCUUACAAGCAUGUUGAAGAAGUAAAGUUUGAAUUUUGCGACCUUUCAAUGCCUGUUAUUCUUAACUUUGCAGAAUUGUUGGAAAGCACAAAUGUCAAGAUUAUCGGCUUAACUGGUUCAAUAGAAUUCACGUACAAUGAAUUAGAACCAAACCUCAAUGGAUUUCAAAGUCUAUUUAGUAAUCUGGUAGAAAGCAUUGCUACUUCUUCAGAUUUGAAGAAAACUCUCAUGAAAAUAGAACUUACUUUAUGCGAUAUUGAAACACUUGAAGCGAGAAGAAUCCUUGAUCGAAACGGGUUAGGAAAUAUUGAAGUAUUUGGCUAAGAGUCUGAUUAAAGUUUUAACCAAAACCUCCAUUCUUUAAACAUUGUUAAAUCUG